AUGACUAGCGAAGGCCGCAGCUCGUUGUCAACUAAAGUAGAGUGCUACGGUACGCUGUUGUACAUGGCGACGCAGAUCGCGUCGGGUAUGAAGUACAUGGAGUCGCUGAACGUCGUGCACCGCGACCUGGCGACGCGCAACUGCCUCGUCGGCCACCACUACACGAUCAAGAUCUCAGACUUCGGCAUGAGCCGCAGCCUCUACAGCAGGGACUACUACCGCGUGCAGGGCGCCGUCGUGCUGCCCAUACGCUGGAUGGCCUGGGAGAGCAUACUGCUGGGGCGCUUCACUAGCAAGAGCGACGUAUGGUCAUUCUCGGUGAGCCUGUGGGAGAUCUUGACCUUGGCCAGGGAGGCGCCCUUCGGUGAGAUGACCGACGAAGACGUCAUAGACAACGUCAGCAACUUCUAUAGAGACGAGGGCACGUUCACGUACGAGAUAGCGCCGGUCUUCAUCCUGAUGGAACACAGCAUCCUGCGACGCAUGCGCAAAAUCGUCGGCUGGGAGAAAGGAGAUGGGAUCAUGAACCCGGGUGGUGCGAUAUCUAACAUGUACGCCAUGAUGGCCGCUCGCUACAAGUUCUUCCCUGAGAGCAAGCAGAAAGGCAUGCGGGGUGCUCCGCCACUGGUCGCCUUCACGUCCGCACACAGCCAUUACUCAAUCCUUGGCGGAGGAGCGACAAUGGGCAUCGGCACAGAGAACGUUAUACUGGUAGACGUUGAUAACAGACCUGUGCUUGUGCACGAGUCUGAGUUCGUGCUCGCGCUCUCAAGUCAUCCACGAUACUUCAACCAGCUGUCGUCCGGUCUGGACAGCGCCGCCUGGGGUGGAGGACUCUUACUGUCGAAAAAACACAGAACAUUGCUAGCCGGAAUUGAGAAGGCCGAUUCGGUAACGUGGAACGCGCAUAAGCUGAUGGGAGCAUUACUUCAAUGUUCGUCACUUCUGCUGAGACACGAGCCGGAGCUGGUGAACGUCUGCUUCUGGUAUGUGCCGCCGAGUCUGCGUGGCCAGCCGUCGUCACCGGAGCGCAGCGAGCAGCUCGGACGUAUAACAGCUGAGAUGAAAGGUCGCAUGAUGAGAGAGGGAACGACGAUGGUAGGAUACCAGCCGCUCGACGAUAACCCGAACUUCUUUCGACCGAUCAUCUCCAACCCGGCCGUCACGCGCGAUGACAUCGACUUUCUCGUUAACGAGCUGGAUAGAUUAGGACAAGAUCUCUAGAGAGGGACGAUUGUUGGAGUUAGUGUUAGAUGCUCGUUACGAUAGCAUGAUGUGUUCGCAGAACCUAGAAUCGAUCUCGGGAGCGGGAUUCGCUGGAGGUGUGGAGUUAGCAGCACGUAUUAGAUGCGAUACUCGAUAGCAUGAUCUGUUCGCAGAACCUAGAAUCGAAGAAGUAGGUACGGUAAUAGCCGUGAGAGAUCUCAUACGAUUCGGGAUAUAUCUCGGUCCGUAUUCAACACGCGGGAACAGAGAUGGUCGCCGUAGUUGUGACGAGGUCGCCGAUAGAAGAACCGGGGAAGCUGUCCCCAGUAUUUUAACUGUUUAUGCCCCCAGGGGAGAGGCGGUGGGGACUUGUCUAAAGACGCCAUGUUGAAAUGGACACCUAAGAUUUCGCUGAAGAUGUAGCUUUACGGUAACAACGUAACAGCGUAGUACUUUUUGGCGACGUGCGAU